GAACUCCGAUCAGAUAAACUCCAAACAGAACGAAACAGAACCUGAACCUACCAUGGAAAAAGUGGUCCUCCUGCUGUCCAUGUUGUCUCUAGGCGUCUCCUCUCAGCCAAUCACAGACGUCCAACGUUUGUUCUCCAUUGCUGUCAGCAGAGUCCAACACCUUCACCUGCUUGCUCAGAGACUCAUCUCUGACUUUGAGAGCUCACUGCAGACCGAAGAGCAACGUCAACUCAACAAAAUCUUCCUACAGGAUUCUUGUAACUCUGAUUACAUCAUCAGCCCCAUCGACAAGCAUGAGACGCAGCGCAGCUCUGUUCUGAAGCUGUUGUCCAUCUCCUAUCGUUUGGUUGAGUGCUGGGAGUUUCCCAGUCGUUCUCUGUCUGGAGGUUCUGCUCCAAGGAACCAGAUUUCCCGCUCGUUAACUGAAUUGAAGAGAGGAAUCGUGCUGCUUAUCACGGCCAAUCAGGACGGAGCAGAAUUCUUCCCUGAAAGCUCCCCGCUUCAGCUGGCUUACGGAAACUUUUAUCAAGGUCUGGGAGCUGACGAAUCGCUGCGACGGACCUACGAACUGCUGGCCUGUUUCAAGAAAGACAUGCACAAGGUGGAGACCUACCUGACCGUGGCAAAAUGUCGACUCUCUCCAGAAGCAAACUGCACCUUGUAGCCUGGCCUCUCUACCAUGAAGCCACACCCUUGUUAUUGAUGUCAGCCCGCGUGUUUGUAGCUCUGCCUCCAUGUUCCUUUACUCUGCUACCUAGUAUUAGCAUUAGCUUUACCUCUGUCAGUGUUAUUAUUGAGCAUGUUUAGUGCUGAACUCUAAAGAAGUGAUGUAAUCCUGUCACAAUGUGUAAUAAAGUGUGUGCUGUGUUGCAUUCAGAAGUA